AAAAGGAGGUGAGUCAUUUAUUUGCUUUAUCAGAGGUGCAUCAUUCGUAAGUAUCAACUCCGUCACUUGUUUGCUGCAAAACUGAACCUAAUCUUCAGUCAAAUCAAGAUGAUGCCUAUAUUUCUUUUUGUAUGUUUCAGUUGACCAAUAAUGAACAAGUCCAUCAAUGGGAGCCAUUAUGACUAUGACUAUGACAGCGAUGAUGACUUUCUCUGUGAAAAGGACGGUGUGGUCACAUUUGGAUCCUACGUCGUCCCUGUUUUCUUCUCUGUGGUGAUCACACUGAGCCUCACAGGAAACAUUCUUGUCCUCGUGAUCCUGGCUCUGUACGAGAACCUCAGGUCCCUCACCAACAUCUUCAUCCUCAACCUGGCCAUCUCUGACCUCAUCUUCACCACCGGCCUCCCCUUCUGGGCCAUCUACCACAUCUGGGGGUGGAUGUUUUCAAACAUUCUCUGCAAAAUCGUGACUUUUGUCUUCUUCAUUGGGUUCUACAGCAGCGUCCUCUUCCUGACCAUCAUGACCAUCUACAGGUACCUGGCAGUGGUCCACCCUCUCUCUGACCUGAGGAUCCAAAAACUCAAAACUGGUAUUUUCCUGUCCCUCCUAAUGUGGAUGAUUAGUAUUGUUGCAGCCAUGCCCUCCCUGCUCUACAGCUCUGUCAUCUCGAUCCCCCACAAGGAUAGCGACUCCUGGGGCUGUGAAUACGAAUCCACCCUGUGGAAAAGCAUUGCUGUCUCCCAGCAGAAUAUUUUCUUCUUGGUUGCUUUUGUGGUGAUUGGUUUCUGCUACAUCCGGAUACUCAGAAAAAUCUCACAAACGAGAUCCCACACGAAGAACCGAGCAGUGAAGCUGGUCCUCUGCAUCGUGGCGGUAUUCUUCAUCGGCUGGGUGCCAUACAACCUGGUGAUAUUUCUGAGGACUCUGGAUGACAACUUGGUCCCACCGUUUGACGACUGUAAAGUCAGCAUCCAGCUCGAUUAUGCGUUCCAUGUGUGUCGGCUCAUUGCUUUCUCCCACUGCUGCCUCAACCCUGUCUUUUAUGCGUUUGUUGGUGUGAAGUUCAGGAGCCAUCUGAAGUCAAUGCUGCAGCAAAUGUUAAGUCGGAAAAGUGCAGUCCAGGAGCCGCAGGUCAGAAUGCAAAACCUCAUCUCACACGGAUCACUGUACUAGUUACUGACCAAGCAUCAUGUUUUGUAGCAUUUCCUUCAGAUUUUAUUUAGAGCAUAUAAAACUGUGCAUUUGGGCGAAUCUACUUAUUUGUUUCUGUUUGUAUCAAAAUCUGAAUUUGACUUUCAUUGUUUAUUAAUAAAAUGUGUGUAUCAGUGUUAAACAUUUGUCUUAACAUAUCGUUUGUAUGUGAUGUCACGGGAUAAUACAAAUAUCAUUCAGAGUGGAAGUGAAAUAACUGUAGCAAAUAUCUUCACAGUGCAAAUACUUUUUUAUUAGAAUUAGCGUUUUUCAUCUUUUGUUUACUUUUUGGGGCAAAUUUCAUAUAAUGUGUCUUUUUAUAGCUUAAUCUUGUUUUUGGAUUACAUAUAUUGUGAUUAUGAAAGUGCUUUAUUAAACACCCUAUUGUGAUACAAAUAUGCUGGUUUGUUAAAAAUCUAUCUAUUUAAUCCUCUUGUUUCUGUUAAUUCAUACGUAGAUUUGUGUAAUCUGCCUGCAGAUUCCUUUGAGCAGUCCUGAAAUUCCACAGAAAUUUGCACGAACGGACUUCUUCUGAAUUCUUCUUUGCAUGCAGUGCUGGCUGUGCCACUCAACUGUCAAUCAAUCAAUCAAUCAAUCAAAUUGUAUUUGUAUAGCCCAUAUUCACUAAUCACAAUUUGUCUCUUAGCGAUUUAACCAGGUGUGACGUUCUCUGC